AUUAUUUGCAUUAUAAAACGAAAUAAUAAUGGAAUCCGGUUAAAAUGAAAAAUGGAUAAACGGAGGAAACCUUGUGGCCCUAAGGUCUCAUAAUAAAGGCUUGAUGUUUAUUUUCAAGUCUUCUUUAAAACAUUGUUAAUAAAAAUAUACUUAAAUUAUUACCAAUAUUAUGUUGAAGGAAAAAGGGCAGGUAAAAUUUGAGGAAAAAUGGCCUUAUAUGAGACCCGUUGUAUUAAAAUUACUCAAACAAGAAGCAGUCUCUCAACCGGAGUGGCAAGAGCUAUUUUAUUCGGUGCAUCUAGUAUGUUUGUGGGACGAAAAAGGACCCAUAAAAAUUAGGGACCAUCUGCACGAAGAUAUUGUGCAAUUUAUAAAGGAGGCGCAGAUUCGAGUUUUAGCACAAAGAGAAGAGCAAGCUUUAUUAAAAGCUUAUAUUGCAGAAUGGCGGAAGUUUUUUACACAAUGUAAUUAUCUACCCACUCCCUUUAGGCAAUUGGAAUCCGCACUGCAGGGUAAACCCGCUUCUGGUACUUCUAAUGUCCAAACAAGCAGCACUAAAAAAAAUCAGCAUGAUGACAGUAUAGUGCGUAAAUUGAUGCUGGACUCGUGGAACGAAAGCAUAUUUAGUAAUAUUAAACAUCGACUGCAAGAAAGUGCAAUGAAAUUAGUGCAGGCAGAACGAAAUGGAGAAGCGUUUGAUUCUCAAUUGGUCAUAGGCGUCAGGGAGUCGUAUGUAAACUUGUGUUCCAACACAGACGACAAAAUGCAAAUAUACAGGGAAAACUUUGAAGCAGCUUACAUACAAAGUACAGAAACUUUCUAUAGACUAAAGGCACCCGAACAGCUAUCAACAAACGGGGUUCAGGCGUAUAUGAAAUACGCUGACAAUAAGCUACGAGAAGAAGAAGGUAGAGCACAAAGGUAUUUGGAAGCUGGAAGUAACGGCGUCAUUCAGUGCUGUGUUAAAGUAUUAGUCGGAAAUGCUUUAUCUGCAAUUUUGGCGGAAUGUGCUCCACUCAUAAGAAGUGGAGAAACCGAUCGACUGCAUCUUAUGUUCCGCUUGUUGGAAAGAGUACCAGACGGCGUCCUACCGAUGCUGCGUGAGCUGGAAUCGCACAUUACGUCCGCUGGUCUAGCCGACAUGAUCGCGGCGGCGGAUAUAAUUACACAAGAUUCAGAGAAAUAUGUCGAAAGAUUAUUGGAAUUAUUUAGAAAAUUUAGUGCUUUAGUGCGGGACGCAUUCAUUGAUGAUCCGCGAUUUUUAACCGCUCGCGAUAAAGCUUUUAAGUCUGUCGUAAACGAUACUACUGUUUUUCGAUUGGAGCUUGGAACAGGCAAAAAUGCGAGUACAAAAGUUGUAGCACCGGAAAGUAAGUGUCCCGAGUUGUUAGCGAAUUAUUGUGAUAUGCUUCUAAGAAGGACUCCAUUGUCUAAACGUCUUACUAGCGAAGAAAUCGAAUUGCGGUUAAAAGAUGUACUGUUAGUGCUAAAAUAUGUAGCUAAUAAAGAUGUCUUUAUGCGAUAUCAUAAAGCACAUCUUACUAGAAGACUCAUUUUAGAUGCAAGUGCCGAUAGUGAAAAAGAAGAAGAUAUGGUUGAAUGGUUGAGAGAAGUAGGCAUGCCUGCAGAUUAUGUAAAUAAAUUAGCUCGUAUGUUUCAAGACAUUAAAGUGAGUGAAGAUCUGAAUGGUCAAUUUCGUGUAUCCACCGCAAGACAUGAUGCGAUAAACAUAAAAAUUUUAAAUGCUGGUGCUUGGGCCCGUGGUUCCGAAAGAGUAACUGUUAGUUUACCUUUGGAAUUAGAAGACUAUAUUCCCGAAAUAGAAGAGUUUUAUAAAAAGAAACAUUCGGGAAGAAAGUUACAAUGGUAUCACCAUAUGAGUAAUGGAACUAUAACUUUUGCAAAUAGUGUGGGUCGUUUCGAUUUAGAUGUAACUACGUUUCAAAUGGCCGUAUUAUUUGCAUGGAAUCAGCGACCGUUUGAAAAAAUAAGUUACGAAAAUUUACGUUUAGCAACAGAACUUCCUGAUGCUGAACUACGAAGAACAUUGUGGUCCUUGGUGGCAUUCCCUAAACUUAAGAGGCAAUUGUUAUUGUUUCAACCUAUAGUGAAUGCACCAAAAGAUUUUAUGGAGCAUACUGUCUUUUGGAUUAAUCAAGAUUUCGCGUUGGUAAAAAAUGGUAAAUUACAAAAAAGGGGCAAAAUUAAUUUAAUUGGUAGAUUGCAAUUAAGCACUGAAAGGUCCCAGAUAGAAGACAAUCAAUCGAUUGUACAAUUGAGAAUAUUGCGUACUCAAGAAGCGAUUAUUAAGAUUUUAAAAAUGAGGAAACGAAUCACUAAUGCAGCGUUACAAGCGGAAUUAGUGGAUAUUUUAAAAAAUAUGUUUUUACCAUCAAAGAAGAUGAUAAAAGAACAACUCGAGUGGUUAAUUGAACAUAAAUACAUGAAGCGAGAUGAUGAUGAUAUUAAUACUUUUAUUUAUAUGGCCUAAUUGUUAUUAAAACAUUUUAAAAAGUU